UUUCAAAAAGAAAAAAGAGAGGCAAAAAUCAAACAAGAAAUGUGGAAGGUAGGUUUGUGUUAAAAAAGGUAUGCCAAAAUUAUGGUUCUGAAACUUUGGAUACGAGUGAACAUGGCGAAGGAGUAAAUCAUGAAAACAAUGGUGAAUUAAAAGAUUUUGACAGUGAUAUCAACACGACAAAUGAUAAUUCUGAAUUUUUGGUUAUGAUUGAACAUAGUGAAGAAGUAAAUCAUGAUAAUUCUGGAUCUUUGGAUAUAGUUGAACAUGCUUUUGAAUAUCCUGAAAAAGCAAAUUGCUUUAACGGAGGGCUCAAUAUUCCGACUGAAUCUUGGGAUAUGAUUGAAUAUAAUGGAUUAAUACAUGGCUCUGAAAGUGGAAUCAACAUUAAUCCUCAAUUUUCGGAUGAAAUUGAAGAUAAUUUAGAGUAUAUUGAAAGAAAAGGGAAGAAGUCAAAUCUUUCAUUAUUAACAGAUGGCUCAACACGAGAUUUGAUACUCACUUAUAUCCAAAGAGGUUGA